UGUCCGGCGUGUGGUCCGGGGAAUCAGGGCCGUUGUCUGGGCCCCAGUAUCUGCUGCGGGGCCGGUCUGGGUUGUCUGCUCGGGUCUCCAGAGACGCUGAGCUGCAUGGAGGAGAAUCUGCAGCCGGGCCCCUGCGAGACGGGCGGGGUGUCCUGCGGGGCCCGGGGCCGAUGCGCGGCUCCAGGCGUCUGCUGCGACUCAGAGAGCUGUGUUCUGGAUCCAGAUUGCUCUGAAGACGUGGGAUCUCAUCGGUCUGAAGACGGCGGGGCUCUGAAGGGUGUUUCUGGAGAAAUGCUGCUGCGUUUGCUCAGUCUGGCCACUCGGCGUGUGUAGCUGCUUCAUUCACACAUGAGUGCUGUGUAAAUACUGUAUGUAGUAAA